AUGCGACGCGCGCCGCCCGUCGCCGACGCGCCGCUGCGUCGCGCCGCGACCGGCGCGCUCGUCGUCGUCGAUGACUUCCUGCCGCGCGCGACGGCGGCGCGCAUGCGACGCGAGCUCGAGCGCGCGCCCGAAAGCGCGUGGGACCGCGCGGACGCGAACGACGACGACGACGCGGAGGACGUCGCGCACGCGUUCGACGCCUCCACGGCGGUGCGCGCGGUGAGCGCGUUCACGAGCGUCGGGUUCGAGAUGCAGCGCGCGGCCGAGGACGACGCGCGCGCGCGCGAGGACGACGACGACGAGGAUUGGCGCGCGCUGGUGCCGAGCUUCACCGCGAGUCGAUACGCGAACGGACAUAAGAUCGAUCCGCACGACGACGCGGCGUACGCGCCCGUCGAGCUGGCGAACGGUGGAUUCGAGAUGCACCUGCGCGCGUACGCGGUGGCGUAUUACUUGACCCCGGAUGAUUGGGACGUCGAACGCGACGGCGGCGCGUUCGUCGACAUGGACGACGAGACGGCGCCGGGAAAGACGAUCGAGCCCAAGUUUAAUCGAUUGGUCGUGUUCAAGGUGCCUCGCGUGCACGCGGUGGCGCCGGUGACGUCCGAAAAUCGGCGACGACACGCCAUCUUCGGAUGGUUUUAUCGGCCCGCGCGCGAGGACGAGCUUCCGUCGAGCGACGCCGACGACGCGAGCGCGAGCGACGCGAGCGACGCGAGCGAGUCGCGCGCGCGGAAACGGAAACGGGCGCGUCGCGAGCGCGGUGAGUAG